UUUCAAGUCUCUCAGGGUCAGAUUCUUAAGUUGUUCCUUACUUUUUUUAUAAUCAAGUUCUUAAGUGCUACAAUUUGGAUGAAGAAGAUGGAUUUGGUAUCUGGUUACAAGGGAGUCGUUGGACUUGUAUUUGGAAAUGAAAAUUCAAGUUCCAAUGACGAUAGCUAUGUUGAGCGCUUGCUCGAUUGUAUAAGUAAUGGUAAGCUGGCCGAGGAUAGAAGAAAUGCCAUGGCUGAACUUCAGUCUGUCGUUGCAGAAAGUCAUACAGCCCAGCUGGCUUUGGGGGCAAUGGGAUUUCCUGUACUUUUUGGAGUCCUCAAGGAACAUGAUGAUGUUGAAAUGGUACGUGGGGCUGUUGAAACUCUUGUGAGUGCCUUAACGCCAGUUACACAUGCAAAAUCACACAAAAAUGAGGUUCAACCAGCUUCGAUGAAUUCAGAUCUUUUAUCAAGAGACGAGCAAAACAUAUCUCUUCUUCUAAGCCUGUUGUCGGAGGAUGACUUCUACGUACGAUAUUAUACGCUUCAAGUUUUAACCGCACUGUUAGCAAACUCCCCCAUUAGGUUACAGGAAGCCAUUCUCACAAUCCCUCGUGGUAUAACCCGGCUUGUGGAUAUGCUUAUGGAUCGGGAGGUCAUACGGAAUGAGGCGUUGUUACUUCUCACCUACUUGACCCGUGAAGCUGAGGAAAUCCAAAAAAUUUUGGUCUUUGAAGGUGCUUUUGAGAAGAUUUUCAGUAUCAUUAAGGAGGAGGGCGGUUCAGAAGGUGGUGUUGUUGUGCAGGAUUGUCUUGAAUUGUUGAAUAAUCUCCUCCGCAACAAUGCAUCCAAUCAGGUGUUGCUGAGGGAGACUAUAGGCUUUGACUCAUUGAUAUCGAUUUUGAAACUCCGUGGAAGCACAUACAGCUUUACUCAACAGAAGACAAUAAAUCUACUGUGUGUUUUAGAAACAAUCAGGUUACUGCUGAAUGGAGGUUCAGAAGCUGAUCCAGCAAAAGAUGUUGAGAGAUUGACCAACAAAACAGUUCUGGUUCAGAGAAAAGUUUUGGACCAUCUACUUAUGCUAGGAGUUGAAAGCCAAUGGGCUCCUGUCGCUGUCCGUUGUGGGGCUUUUCGAUGCAUAGGUGAUCUAAUAGUUGGACACCGUCAGAAUCUUGACAAUCUUGCAAGCAAAUUUCUUGGUGAUGAGCCACAGGUUGAGCCAGCUCUGAAUUCAAUCCUGCGAAUUAUCUUACGGACUUCUAGCAUUCAAGAAUUCAUUGCUGCUGACUAUGUUUUCAAGAGCUUUUGUGAGGAAAACACUGAUGGUCAAAAAAUUCUAGCAUCCACCCUGAUUCCUCAGCCGUUCUCGAUGACCCAUGCUCCACUUGAGGAGGAUGUGAACAUGUCAUUUGGAAGCAUGUUAUUGCAUGGUCUUGUCUUGAGUGAACAUGACGGUGACCUUGAGACUAGUUGCAGAGCUGCUAGUGUUCUUUCUUAUGUACUGAAGGAUAAUAUUCAGUCCAAGGAAAAGGCCUUACAAAUUGAACUCGAGUCACCGAUGCCCUCAUUUGGAUCCCCUGAACCCCUAUUGCACCAUUUGGUAAAAUGCUUGGCUCUUGCAUCUUCCAAAAAGGGAAAAGACGGAAAGCCAAAUACUCCAAAUUCAUAUGUCCAACCAAUAAUAUUGAAACUGCUUGUCACGUGGCUCUCUGAUUGCCCAAGUGCAGUGCAUUCAUUCCUGGCUUCACGUCCUCAUUUAACAUAUCUAGUUGAAUUAGUAUCAAACGGUGAUGCAACAGUUUGUGUGAGAGGUUUGGCAGCUAUGCUUUUAGGGGAAUGUGUUAUUUUUAAUAAAGCAAUUGAAUCAGGAAAAGAUGCUUUUAGCGUAGUUGAUGCCAUAAGCCAGAAAGUUGGACUUGCAUCAUUCUUUCUGAGGCUAGAUGAGAUGCAGAAAAGCUUCAUAUUUUCGUCCCCAAAGCCGGCUCAAUGCCAUAAACCGUUGACAAGAUCAAAUACUGAUAUUAGGGCGGAGAUGGAAGAUAUUGAGGAAGAGGAUGCAUAUGAACAUAAGAAUGAGGACCACCCUAUGCUUGCUUCAAUGUUUGAUUCUCAGUUUGUCAACUUCAUUAAGAAUUUGAAGAUUGGUAUUAGAGACGGCAUUGUUAAAAUAUACAGUCACCCAAAGAGCAACGUGUCUGUUAUGCCGGCUGAAUUGGAACAGAGAAAGGAUGAAGCCGAUGUGGACUAUAUCAAGCGGCUCAAAUCCUUUCUGGAAAAACAAUGCUCCGAGAUUCAGGACCUUGUUAAUAGAAAUGCAACAUUAGCGGAGGAUGUAGCCAACACGGGUGGAGGUGGUUCAUCCCAAACUGAACCUAGACCUAACGGUGGCUCAGAGAGGGUCCAAAUAGAGACACUACGAAGAGAUCUUCAAGAAACAUCCCAACGAAUCGAGAUGCUGAGAAGAGAGAAAUCCAAUAUCGAAAGCGAAGCUUCCUCUUACAAAACGUUAUGUGCAAAAACAGAAAGCGAUCUGAAGAGCUUGUCGGAUGCUUACAACAGUGUAGAAGAGGCGAACCACCGUUGGGAAAACGAAGUGAAAGCAUUGAAGAACGGAGACAUCGAGGCGAUAAAAGCAGAAGCAAAGGAAGAAGCUGAGAAGGAGAGCGAAGCAGAACUGGGUGAUUUGCUUGUUUGCCUUGGCCAAGAACAGAGCAAAGUGGAGAAACUGAGUGGACGAUUAAUGGAGUUAGGAGAGGACGUAGAUGGUUUGCUUCAAGGUAUUGGUGAUGAUGGUGGUGCACCUGAAGAAGAUGAGGAUGAUAUCUGAGUUGGCAUUUUGUAAGUUCAAAUUUAUGGUUAGUUUUUGUACAGUUUUUAUUUAUGGUGUUAGUAGCUUGUUGAAUUCAAAUUUAAUGAUGUUAUUUGACCAUCAAACUUUACGAAGUAUGUGGAUGUGUAUACAAAUUUGGUGAACACGUACCAAAUGGCAUUUGGCUUAACGGUAUGUAAGUCAUCUGCUUUUUAGGAGGUC